AAACUGAAAUACGAAAUCACAAUUGAAUUAAAACUUUUCAAUGCAAAAUAGGGAAUUGAGUGUGCUAUUCGACCUAAACAUUUGUCGAACUGUUCAGCCAUGAGAUCAGGCCAACGCUUAUUCCAAGUAAAUCCUUCUUAUUAUGAACGUUCGAUCAACGAUUGUAGAUCCUCAUGUUUAGGCAUUGAGAGGUUCUUUGAUCUUACCCACAAGGUCCUUUAUUAAAGUAACAUUUGAAGGUGAAUCGGUACAGUAAACUUCAGUACAUAAGGAAUUGGAAAAAAUCGACAAUAUCAAGAAUAUCGUAAUUUCCGCCCUGUCGUGGAUUUCCUUAUGAAAGAUGUGUUCUUCUCCUGUAUGACGAUGUUGCUAUGGCAAAAGAUACAUAUGUUAUCUACUCUAAUUCAUUGUAAAUGUUGUUCUUUCUUGCUAUCUCUCUCUUCUUCUCGCAAUUUCAUCUUAAGGAUGGGAUUUGAUGCUCGGUCCUAUCCUGUAAGACAGGCAUCGCUGUAAGAUACACCACCAAGCUACACCAUGUUAUUUUUAACUUAAUUAGCCUUGUUUAAAACUAUUUAUUUGCUUUAUGCACGCGAUAUAUUUAUUUUUAAAUAUGGUAAAACAAAGUUACCAUAUGAUUAAAUAUGAUAUGGUAAACAAAAUAUUCAACAAAGUUUAAUUUAAAUUUUAAGUUCAAUUUAACUCACUCUCAAUCAUUAUACUCACUUUAUUAUUCCAAAUUUGCUGCUAUGUAUACACUGGUUUGCUGAUUUAAGUAUCUCUCUUUCGUAUUUCAAUCACAAACUGUAAAGCACAGUCUUCUGAUUGUUCUACUUUGCUACAUGUGGGCGAGGAUGAUUUUGGCAUUAACCAUUAUGCAAUGAUGAGUGAAAAAGCGCAACAAGAUAAUAACCCCAUGUACACAAAUAGCAUCAAAAAAGUGGAUUAGAGCAGCACAUUAUUUUGGCGCUCAAGUUCAGGCAUAACAGCUACAGUAUGUGUACAUUGACUGAAGCAGAUACAGUGGGAGUAAUGAGACGAUCAUAUGAUGAAUGCAUAUCUGCAUAUUCAGGUGGAAAUAUAUCACGUCCAACAUUGGUAUAUAUAUUCAUGAUUCGAAACAAAGAAAAUGUCAGUUCAUCAAAAACAUUCACAACGAAGACAUCAGUGAAGUGUAGAGAAGUGAAAACGAAACACAGCAUAAUGUUCAAGAUCCUCGCCCUGAUCGCCUGUCUGGCCAUCGUUGCCUCGGCACAGUACCAUGGAGAACCCGAACACAAGGAACACUACGCACACCCGAAGUACAAGUUCGAGUAUGGAGUGAAGGAUCCCCACACCGGUGACCACAAGAGCCAGUGGGAAGUACGCGAUGGCGAUGUCGUCAAGGGAGCCUACACCCUGCACGAGGCCGAUGGAACCGAGCGUGUGGUCGAGUACAAGUCGGACGGUCACAACGGAUUCGAGGCUGAUGUAAAGAAGGUCGGACAUGCUCAUCACCCCCAGAACUAUCCCAGCCAUCCCGUCCAUGUUCCAGUGCAUGUGCCUGUACAUGCCCCGACCCAUGCUCCAGUGCAUGUUCCGGAGCAUCGUGUGCACCACGGACACUCGGGUGCCAGCUACGUCAAUGUCGAUAAGCACUACUAAAAAAUAUCUUGAUCUCCUGUCUGCAAAUGCCAAAUAAAGGUGUGAUGUAAUAAAGAAAAGAUCACAUACUGUUAUAUUGCAAAAUCUGUGGUCCAAUUAUGUAGUAUUUAUGCCACUCAAUGAAAAGAAUGUUUUUAUUUCGCAAAAAAGAAUAUAUUUCAAUUUCCCUUUUUU